UAUAUAUAUAUAUAUAUAUAUAUAUAUAUAUACACACAUACAUACACUCACAUAUAUUUAUAGUUCUCGAUCACUCUUUGCGCAUAUAUUAUGGGUUCCCAAGCAGGUGGAAAUAGUGUUGAUCUCUGGUCAACAAUCAUAGCCGAUGAUGAAGAAGAUGAUCAACAUCAUCCAGAAUCUCAGCCACAUCGACCAGAAAUUGCUGUGGUCUACGGGCGAAAAAGAUCCGAAAAGGCCCAUAAAGAUGUAACCAGGAAGCAGUGUAGUUCUACUGAUGAGAAUCGGCCGAGUUUAGCCCUACCCAAGCGAAUUAGUUGGAACCGUUCUCUUUCCACCAGAGGGAGAACAAGUAUUGCAAUUGUUGCAUGUGUGGAGCGUCAGCCUCAACAAAGGAAGCCAAAGAGAAAAACAAAACCAGCUCUUCCAAAAGGAAAAUUUGUGCAACCUCCAAAUUUGGAUAAGGAGCGGGCAUACUUUGAAGAGGUUGAUUCCUUUGAAUUGUUAGAGGAAAGCCCCUCACCCAAGAACUCUGGUACAUGGGCCAAGGGCAUGGAAAUCGAUGAUGUUGCUAUACCACAUUUGUCCAAAGUAUUAGAGAAAUGGUUAAUUUCAAAGAAGCUAAAUCAUAGUUGUGGACCUUCUCGUUCACUGUCCAGGAUAUUAGAAAGUCCUGCGAUGCCCAGGGAAUUUUUUCAGGAUGAUGUAUUUCACUCCACAAGUAUGACAACCCCAAAAAGAACAUCUCUGCAAACCCAUUCUGGUUUACAUUCGGCCCAGAACAGAUUUAAUUCAAGUUUCACAAAUAAGGAUGUUAUCUUUGAAAUGUGUGGUUCUUCACAAAAGAACGAUGAUGGAUUCCAGACUAUGGGUGAGGAGGGUCAGGCAGAUCUUGAUGUUGCAGUUGCAAAACUCUCUCUUACAUCUAGGCCUGCUACAUUGGAUGGUCAUCAGUGGGAUCCAUUUAUAGCUUUGUUAGCAGUUUGUGGGCAGUCAGCUCCUUCAACUAUAUUGGAUGUUUUCUCCAAGUAUUGUGACCAGGAAAGUGUUGUCAAGGUUGGUGAAGGUACAUAUGGAGAAGCCUUCCAGGCUGGAAAAGCUGUUUGCAAAGUUGUUCCUUUUGGUGGAGAUUUGCGGGUGAACGGGGAAGUACAAAAGAGAUCAGAAGAAUUGCUCGAGGAGGUAAUACUGUCCCGCACACUCAAUCGUUUAAGAGGACAGGAGGAUGUUGUUUACAAUGCCUGUACUACAUUUAUAGAGACAAUAAAUAUAAUGGUAUGCCAAGGCCCUUAUGAUGCUGCCUUGAUAAGAGCAUGGGAAGAUUGGGAUGGGAAGCAUUGUUCAGAAAAUGAUCACCCUAAGGAGUUUCCAGAGAAACAGUGCUACAUUGUCUUUGUUCAAGAACAUGGUGGUCGCGAUCUUGAAAGCUUUGUGCUCUUGAACUUUAAUGAAGCACGGAGUUUAUUGGUUCAGGUUACAGUUGCCUUGGCUGUGGCAGAGGCUGCAUUUGAAUUUGAACACCGGGACCUGCACUGGGGGAACAUCCUUUUAAGCCGGAAAGAUUCUGCAUCCAUGCAGUUCACUCUCGAGGGAAGGCAAAUAUAUGUCAAGACAUUCGGGUUGUGGAUAUCAAUCAUCGAUUUCACUCUUUCGAGGAUCAAUACUGGGGAAGAUAUUCUCUUUCUGGAUCUAUCUUUAGACCCAGAAAUCUUUGAGGGGCCAAAAGGAGAUAAACAAUCAGAAACAUAUCGGAAAAUGAAAGAGGUAACUGAAGAAUGCUGGGAAGGAAGUUUCCCCAAGACGAACGUGUUGUGGUUGCAGUAUUUGGUUGAUAUUUUGCUCUUGAAGAAAUCAUAUGAUCGAACUUCAAAAGAUGAUAGAGAGAUGCGCUCACUGAAGAAGCGCCUAAACAAUUAUGGUUCAGCAAGAGAAGCAACUUCUGAUCCUUUUUUCAGGGACUUGUUCGUUAAUGAAGCAAAGGAAGGUGAACUUGAUAAAUGAACUACAGAUAUUUCACAAAGCGACCAUUCUGAGGCUCGAACUACACCAGUAUUUUACUGCUGAACUAGUCAACAACCUUCUAUGACUUGCUAAGGUGUGGCUCCUCUAUUUUGAAGGCUUCCUUUUUCCAUUUUGUGUUGACUUGGCUGAUGAAGCUAAUAUUAUUACAAUGUUUUCUUCAUAUCUGAUGAGAAACGGAUAUUUAUUGCGAUUGGAAGUGAGUAUAGCAGAAGGUUUUUGUGAGAAGUUAUCGUCUUUCUAUAUCAUAUAUGUAACAUGUUCAUGACGAAACAAUGCUUGAUUAUUGUCAGUGUCGAGAUCUCUCUAUACUCUAUAGGUAUGUAUAUCUAAAAAGUAGCAAUUAAGACCCAUUUUCUUGCAAGAA